GGAGACCUGUGGGACAGAGAGGAGCCCCGAGACCAGCGUUCGGGGGUGACGCUGACGCUGACGCUGACGCUAACGCUUCUGCACGCCUCUGCCAGCGCGAUGAACCCGGCGGGAGACACCAGGGAUGCCCCCGCACAGCCCUGUGAGAACGUGGUGCACAUGGACAUAUUCCUGCACUGCUCACUGAUCCCUGCUGUGGCCAUCAUGGGGGCGCUGUCGUUCCUGCAGCGCAGGGAGCGGCGCUGGGCCGUAGACAGGCUGCCGGUGCUCAGCGGCCGAUUCGGCGUGGUGGUCCCUCUGGAUGUCAUCGGGAGCCUGAGGAACAGGUGGUCGUAUGGGUUUGCGUUCGGCGUGGUUUCCUCCAGCGUCCUGGCGCUCUUCGCUCAGGAGUAUCUGCCCUUCGCCGUCCCGCCCUGGGCCCGAGCGUUCAUAUACCUACUGGGGGCCCUGGAGGUGGGUGUGGCCUACUACCCAUUCUUUGCCUGUCUGUCUACUCCCUUCCGAUUGGUCGGCUCCAUAUUGGGAAUCCUCUACACGCUGACCUGGACCGUUCUGUCUCUGUGGGACAUGGUCACCUGCCCAGGUGGUGCAGUCCUGGGGCGGUUCCAGAAGCUCAUUCUGCAGUGGCCCCGUGUGCUCUGUCUGAUCUUCCUCCUGGGCCGAUUCACACACAUGCUGGCCAAGGCUGUGCGCACCAACCUGGGGCUGGAGAGAGAGGAGGACGAGGAGCUGAUGCUGCAGACUCACCAGGUGAAGUACAUACAGCGGCUGUUUUCUCUCUCCCUCGGCAGACGGGUGAGGUCCUGGUUCGAGAGGAACGUUUAUGAGUGGGAUCCCUACUUCAAGUACCCCAACCGGAUGAUCGGCACGUCCAUCAUCUGUUUCAUUGGCUUGUACGCAAUCACCGUGGCGGACUACAGCCUCUGCGACUACACGUUCAAUAAGCUGGACCACCUGGUGGAUUCUCUGAGCCUCCUGGCUGCGUCCUGUAACACAACACAGAACCUGCUCGCUGAUUUAGUCCCGCAGCUACGGCAGUUCAGCCUGGUGGCCAGAGAUAUCUGGCUUGCCACCACCAUCUUUGCCAGCCUGACCUCAGUCACGUACACGUUCCAUGUGCUGGUGUGCUACAGGAAGCACCUGAAGAGGUUGUGGGCGGGGCAGAAGAACUUCAUGCCAGAGAAGUUCCACAAUCACAGCUCUGCAGUCAGCGUGGCUGCCAUCACGCGGUACUCCGGGUGGCAGAUCGCCUACACGAUGUGGGGUUACCUCAUCAUCCAUUUUGUGCAGUUUUUGUUGGGUCUGCUGCUGGCUUACGGCCUGGUGCUGCCCAUCCAGCAGGGCAAGGGCCUGACGGUGCUGUCCAACCUGGGCAUGAUCAUACUGACGACGGGCGUGGUCAUAGGACUGCUGAUUCUGCAGAUUCUCCUGGUCCAAGUGUUCUUCCUCCAAGACAAAAUCUCACCCACUGACAAACAGAAGCCGCUAGCCCUGAACAACAGAAAGGCCUUCCAUAACUUCACCUACUUCUUCUUCUUCUACAACGUGAUUAUGGGCCUGGGGAACUGCAUAAUAAGGCUGGUGGUGAGCAUGGUGCUGGGAACCUGGCUGGUGUCGCGGAUCGACCGCACCAUCGUGCAGCGCGGCUACGAGUCCCUGGACCCCGGGUACAGUACCUGGAUUGGCAUGAUCUUUGCUGACCAUUACCAUAGCAACCCUGUCAUGAUCUGCUUCUGCCAUCUCCUAUUGGCUGAAAGACGGGAGAGGGAGGGGAGAGCACCCACGUCUAACUCUCAGUUCAGCACCUCAUCUGAGUGUGUGAGGGGCGUGAGGAUAAGGCAGCGCUGGUUCUUGCUCUACACCCUGCUGAAGAACCCCCAGCUCGUCCCCCUCCGGAGACCCAGCCCCCCCUCCCACUGGCCCAGUCUCGACCCCCCCAGCUUCGCCCUGGGCUUCCGGAAUGGCUGGUCAGGGGGGGAGCAAACAGCCAGGGAGGGGAUGAUGGACGAGGCAGAUGCGUGA